CAUGAGACCGCCAAGUGAAUUACUCGAUAUUAUUUCAAAGCUUGCUGAGCUCGAUCCAUUAGUCAGAAAAGGAGCAGUUAGACAGCUUUCAAGCAAACAAGAGGAAUUAUCCGAUAACGAGCUCAACACAUAUGUGAUUGAACGUCUUAUUUCUGGAUGUGCUUCAGCUCGUGCUGCUGUUCGUUUGGGAUAUACAACCGCUUUGGGUACUAUUUUAAUGACAAAAGCAGGCGAAUCAUGGGAACUCGACAAAAUAUUGGCCGUUGCAGAUAAAAAGAUGGACCUGGCAGAAAAGACUGUUGGUACCGGACAUGCAAUUGGACAUUAUCUUAUUCUUGUCACAUAUUGUCAAACCAGAAAACUCAAAGAAGCAGAAGCUACAAAAAUUGUUGAGCAUUCGAAGAAAAUCAGAGACUUUGCUCCAAGCUUGGCAUUUUCACAGAUUAACCUUCUAUGCAGUUUGGCUACAAAGACAAAAGAAAGUGUUUUCCAAAAGAGUGUAUCCCCAGCCAUCGAAAUGAAUUUGGAAGGUCUCAGCUCUCAGUUCACACCGGAAAAUGUCUACCUGGCACUUCGCCUUCGUAAUUCUCAUUCAACAGUGGUUGCAAAAUACGCAAAGUUUGUAAAGAAAGACGGAUCUAUUCAAUUUUCUGAUGAUCAGUAUCCUAAAAUUUUGGCUGCUUUAAAGCGCUGUGACUUCGCCACAGUUCAAGUAUUUCUUCCACUUCUCAUCAAAGCAUCAGUUGAAUCAUCUGGUUUUGAUAAAAUGUACCUGAAAGUUCUCGAGCCAUGGGCCCUUUCAAGCAACGAGACGAAAGUUUUCGAUAGAAUUCUCACGAUUGUCACUCAAUUCUUUGAUUUUGGAGGCGAUGUGAAAUCAAUUGUUGUAGUAUUUACUAAAGAAGUUUUGAAUCGAAUGGAGACCGCUACACGUGGAAAAGGACAAUUCAGAUUGAUGAGUAAAAAGGUGGAUGACUUCGCUGCAUUCAUCCAAUCCAAACUUUCUGAACUUCGUGAUGAAGAAGCCUAUACUGCUCUGAAAGAGCUCGAAAAGUGCGGAAAUGUGGACAAGGCCUGUGGUACCGGCCUUACGACCGCCCUACUUUCAAAUCUUGGAAAGAAGCAGAUCUCUGUGUGGAUUAAGGAAAAUCUCUCCAACCAAGAUGAAGUUCGGAAGAUCGUCUCUGCAUUCAGUAACUGGGAUGAAAAAUCACGAAUCACAGUUCUCUCUGCUCUUUUGUCGCAGAAGGCAACUGAAACCAGUCAAUCUGUUGUUACCAGCAUUAUUGAUUCACUUUUCUAUGUCAAGACUCGUGCUGGAGAGUUCGCAUCGAUUCAAAUUUCUGAGAAAAACGAAGAGGUUCUCCGUCAACUUGUUGUUGCUGUUCAAGGAGAAGAAGAAGUAAAGAAAGCUGAGAAAUCGAUUGGAAAAUCCAAACUUCGCAAGAAGUCCCUUCAAAUUCUAUGGUAUGUCACCCGCUUGUGGUCUCGAAUCGCCGCGAGCUCUGUAGAUUCUGCCGCCUACGAUUCGGAUAGCUCAGAAAUCUUGGCAAUCGCCAAAAACGAAGCAGAUGGAAAUAACUCACUGGUCUUUGUCGAUCUUCUUCUUUCAAUUCUGUCCCGCGAGCAAAAGUUCCAUCGUACUCCAACUGCAUUCGCUUUUGUUCAUGCUAUUCCUACAUUGGAAUCUAAAGAUUUGUGUCAUAUUGUUGAGACUGCAAUGAUGAGUGAGGCUGAAUUGGCUGGAAACGAUGAUGAGGAUAUGGAAGACGAGGAAGGAAUGCCAUUUGAUGAAUCUGAAAUUCCAUCUGGAAAUGGAGACGAUGAAGCAAGUGAUUCGGAUGAUGAUGAUGAGGAAGAGGAUGAUGAUGAAGGAAAUGAGGCAGUUGAUCAAGAACUUCUUGAUAAAUUGAAUGCUGCUCUUGGAGAUGCUGCUCCGAGAGAUUCUAGCAGUGACGUGGAAAUGGAUGAUUUAGAUGAUGAAGCAAUGCAGAAAAUGGAUGAGAGACUCGCUGCCGCAUUCAAAGCAAUUGCUCCAAAAGCUGGAAAAGAUAAGAAGCGUAGUGCAAAGAGUGUAGAAGCUCUGAAAAUGAAAAUUGCCGACCUUUUGCUCAUCGCAAUUUCAUCAAAGGAGCUUGCUGAACAGAGCAAAAUUAAACUUGUCGUUCCACUCUUGAAAUGGGCUAAAGUCGACGCAAAAACUCACGACAAGGUUGCUCAAAAAGUGUUAGAACUUGUAAACAUUGUUGUGAAGAUGAAGUUUACUGAUGUUUCCGAGAAAGAUGCUCUUCAACUUCUGAAACAAGUUCUCGAUGAGGCGCAGACAACUACAAAUAUUCUGAUUAUUGAUACAGUAGCACGAUGUGUCACUUUUGUGCUCAAGAUUAGUUCUCGCGAUGGAAAAUCGAUGUCAGCUGGUGUCAAAACAGAAUUCCAAUCACUUUUUGAAAAUUAUCUGAAGAAUGUGGAAGGAAAGGUUCCAUCGAAUUUUGUCAUUCAGCCAAUCGCCGAUCUUCCAUUGCUGUUUGUUGAUCAACUUGGAAUGCUCAUUGAUGCCGGAUUUGAUGAGGAGAAUCGAAUUUUCAAAAGAACUGAAAUUCUCGGAGCCAUUGCGAUGAUUUUCACGAAGCAAGUGCUCCAGGAGACGAAUAUCAAGGGUGCGAUUAUCAAGAAAAUUGGAAAAUUGGCCGCUGCUUACUUCCAGAAAGUUGUUGAUUCUGAUAAAUCGGAGCUCAAACCACGCCUAUUCGGAACUGUCCUUCAACUCAUUCUCAAGGUCACAGUUUGCAUUCAAAACGACGAGAAACACGUGGAUGCACUCCGCGAAUCUCUCGAAUAUGUCAUUCAGAAGAUGUUUGAAGGUGAAGUUUUCAUUCAACUGAAAAAGAUCAACCCGACCUGCCAUCACAUCAUCGGAAAGUCUAUCGCUGGUGCAUUCACCUCUAUCAAGAAGAGCUUGGAUAUUGAAAAUUAAUAUUUUUAGACAAAAAAAUGCUCCCUCCACAUUGUUAUCUCAUUUGUUGUUGUUGUUUUUUAAUUGUUUUAAUCAAUUCCCUCUGUUCCCCUUGAAAUGUUCUUCCAAUUGUUGAAUUUUAAUGUUUUUUAUUCAAUUGAAAUUGUUUUUUUUG